UUUAUGUGCCCUAACUCUUAUGCUAACCGUUCUAAGACAAGCUUUGGCACAGAAGUAAAGGAAAACCUUUUUGAAAGUGUACAACCGUUAUCAACGACUGAGGCUGGGGAAAAAAAUAUUCCACCUGAAGCCAAUUCUAGUAAUGAACCUGAAUUAUCACAGACAAAGGAUAAACAACAAAAUGAAAUGGAUCAAACUGAAAGCCUUUUUAUUAAUACAACUUUGGAGGAAAAUGGGACUGUUACAGAAUGUAAAAAUGUUGAAGAUUUAAAGCAAACUGGUAAUAACGACAGCAGUGAAACAUCAUCAACAGAGGACAGCAGCAGUGGUUCAUCCAGCAGUGACGAUUCAUCUACAACUGAGUCGGGAGAGGAGUCAACUAAAGGUUCAGCAUCGGAGUCGUGCAACAUUGCUUUAAAAGUUUCACUUAUCUCUAAUGAAGGAACUGAGGAUAUACGCCAGGACGACACGUCUGCUUCCAAGGAACUGAAAGAGAAACGCAAAAAAAGAAAGGGCGGCAAAGGUCUUGGAAAAGGAGGCGCUAAGCGUCACCGCAAAGUUCUCCGUGAUAACAUCCAGGGUAUUACUAAACCCGCCAUCCGCCGUUUGGCUCGCCGUGGCGGUGUGAAGCGUAUUUCCGGCUUGAUCUACGAGGAGACCCGCGGUGUGCUCAAGGUUUUCCUGGAGAACGUCAUCCGUGAUGCCGUCACCUACACCGAGCACGCCAAGAGAAAGACCGUCACCGCAAUGGACGUGGUGUACGCUCUGAAACGCCAGGGACGCACCCUGUACGGAUUCGGCGGUUAA